AUGUGGCAAGUUUAUCAGAUGCGUGAAAGAGCCUCAACAGGCCAUAGGGUGGAAGUUUUUUCUGAGCGAUCGGGAGAUUACACGGUCAUAACAAACCAAAGAAAUGCACUAGGCGAGAACACAUGCAACGUUGUCAUGGCGGCGAAUAGGAAAAAAUGCUCUUGUGGAGCUUGGCAGCAUCAAAGGUUUCCAUGUUCUCAUGCCAUUGUUGUUUGCGGAUAUAGAGAAGAGAGAGCUGCUAAUCUUCCUAGCAAGAGGUACACAACUAGGACGUGGAUAAGUCAGUAUAAUGCUGCACUUGCUCCCCUCCGAGACGUGCAUUACUGGGCGCAGGUAGAUUGGCAGAUACAGGGAAACCCGGCAAAACUGGUCACCCAUAGGGGUAGGAGACGCACCAGACGUUACCGGAACGAGAUGGAUGAGAGUUCUACCAACAGAUCUUCGACCUCAAGACAACAAGCUAGAUGUGGCGUUUGCAGUCAAUUGGGCCAUAACAGGAAGACAUGCCCUGAACUUUGA